AACAGCAACAAGCAUGCGGUUGAGUGAGUGAAUAGGAUCUAAUGCUGUAGAUUUGUGUUGCUGCAGAGUGCCUGUGUGGUCUGGCUACCCCCCCAACCCCCUCCACUCUCUCUCUCUCCUACUGUCUCUCUGUCUCUCCCUCUCCCUGUGUGUAGUUAUAGAGAAACAACACUCAUCCCUAAACCGGUAGACCAUCUCCAUAUCUCUCCUCAGCUGGAUCAUCCAGUUCUUAAGGAGACGCCGGUUCUCUAAUAGUCUCUCUUAACCCCUGUUUAUUUUUAUUUAUUGUUUUUUAUAUCUCUCCCCUAUUUCUCUUUUCUUCCAUCUUAAUCCCUCAGCUGUUUUGCUGUCAGUUCACGCUUUCCCCCUGGGAAACACUACAUCAGUGUGUAUGUGUCUGUGCUUAUGUGUGGGUGUUUGUUUGCGUGCUCGCGUGCGUAUGAACGAGAGAGAGAGAGGGAGAGAGAGAGAGAGCGCGCAAAAAGCAGCUAUUUCAGGGAUGUUUAUUGAGUGUCUCUAGCUCUGCUCUUCAGUAUAGAGUGCCCACAUUGAAAGGAAAGGGCCUAAAACAGAGAGAGUGCUGUGUGCGCGUGCGUGCAGAGUUUGUUUAGUUUAUUUUUUUCCCCAAUUUUCAUGCAUUUUCCAAACAGCGGCAAAACAAGAGAGAGAGAUAACGUUAAUUACAGGCUAACAUAUAGCCCUAAUGCCACAUCAGCAUGGGCUGUGUAAAUGUAAAGGAACCGUGCCACAGUUCAUUCAGUGCAUCAUUCUGAAAAGUAUCAGUGUGCUGGAAUAAACAGAGCAAAUACGCACGAGCUAAUAACAGAGUAAAAACAACCAUGCAUUUUAAUGACGAUGCACUCAAUAACUUAAAAACAGGAUCAUAAAAACACAAUUCAAGUAAAAUAUAAAAUUGUUUCGGCAGUUUUCUUCACGCCGGAUUUAACGCAGGAGUGAAGCAGCCCGAUGAGGUGCACUGAAAUAUCCAGCAAGUAAUUAUGGCCUGUUAUGAAAAACGCUAUUUACCUUGUCGUUGUUUGCUAAUAGCGCAAAUUAACAAUAAUUAUUUAAUAGCUGGUAUGUUAGUUGUUUUCCCUUCAAAUCGUGCAUCAUUCAGUUCAACACCGCGAAGAGAAACAGUCCUGAGUCUGCAGUGUAGCACUAGAUAAGCAGUCGGAAGUUUUAACCUGGAGCUUGAUAACAAAGCUGUGCAGAAAGUAAAUAUUUUGAUCGCUGUUUGCAUCUUUCAUAUUCAUGUCAUCUGCAAUCAUUUGACGUAUGAAACGCCAAAUCAAUCACAUUUAAUUGAAUGCAUUGUAAAAAACAAACAACCAAACAUUCCCAGUAUAUUGCCGUACAAAUUAACAGUAUUAUUUUCAAUGCUUUUUUCAUGUAAUGCAACGUCAGAUGUCACUUAGAAACAGUUAUUUGUGAAAACUAAAUCAGCUCUAAUACUCUCAUUGCACUUCUAAAACAUUGCAUUCGUGUGUGUGUGUGUGUGUGUGUGUGUGAGAGAGAUAAGGAAAGACGGUGCCAGAUGUCUAGCGGCUUAACUCUUUAAACUCCAGCAGCCGACCUGCGUGGUGCACGUCAUCUCUUGACUUUCCAGUAUUCCUUGCCAGGCAUCCCAGUAGCAAAGCACGGACCGAUAGACCUGCGGACCUCCAUGGAUGGCAAAUACAAAGAAAUUGCUGAGGAGCUAUUGUCACGCAGUCUGGCUGAGAGCGAGAUGCGCAGUGCUCCGUACGAGUUUCCGGAGGAUAGUCCCAUCGAGCAGCUGGAGGAGAGGAGGCAAAGACUCGAGAGACAGAUCAGCCAGGAUGUUAAAUAUGAGCCUGACAUUCUUCUCCGAGCCAAGCAGGACUUUUUGAAGACAGACAGUGCCACUGACCUUGAGUAUCUGAAGGAGCAGAGUGAAGCACAGCUGGAUCUAUACCCAGAGCAUGAGCUCAUACCAGAGAGGGAGUACCAAAGAGUCUCCAUCUCUGGAGAAGAAAAAUGUGGUGUUCCCUUCACAGACCUGUUGGAUGCUGCUAAGUGUGUGGUGAAGGCUCUGUUUAUCAGAGAGAAGUACAUGGCUCUGUCCAUGCAGAGCUUUUGCAGGACCACUGCUCGAUACUUGACAGAGCUUGGGGACAAACCUCUGGACCUCAGUGCAUACCAGGAGAUGCUUGAGACCUCCAUAACUUCAGUCCACCCACCGGUCUCGGAAACACACCCUUAUGAAGGCUUAGAUCCAACUAGCUUUCCACUGGACAUGGGCUACAGCUGCAAGAUGAUCAAUGGUGUCGUUCAUGUGUUUACUCAUAAGAGCAAUAUGGAAAAAGCCACAGAGCUGGAUCUUCCCUACCCUGAUCUGCAAGAGUAUAUAGCUGACAUGAAUGUCAUGAUGGCCCUCAUCAUUAACGGACCAGUAAAAUCGUUUUGCUAUCGGCGGCUGCAGUAUCUGAGCUCCAAGUUUCAGAUGCACAUACUUUUGAAUGAAAUGAAGGAGCUGGCAGCUCAGAAGAAAGUUCCUCAUCGGGAUUUCUACAACAUACGCAAGGUGGACACACAUAUCCACGCUUCAUCCUGCAUGAAUCAGAAGCACCUACUACGCUUCAUUAAGAGAGCCAUGAAGAAGUACCCUAAGGAGAUUGUCCAUGUGGAGAAAGGCCGGGAACAGACACUUAUGGAGGUCUUUGAGAGUAUGAAUCUGACAGCUUUUGACCUGAGCGUGGACACUCUGGACAUGCAUGCGGACCGAAAUACUUUCCAUCGCUUUGACAAGUUCAACUCUAAGUACAACCCAAUUGGAGAGUCCAUUCUCCGGGAGAUAUUUAUUAAAACAGACAACCAUAUUGAAGGGAAAUAUUUUGGACACAUUAUCAAGGAGGUGAUGGAGGAUCUUGAGGAAAGUAAAUAUCAGAAUGUCGAGCUGCGUUUGUCCAUCUAUGGCCGUUCCAGGGAUGAGUGGGAUAAACUGGCACGGUGGGCCGUCAAACACAGAGUCUACUCUGAUAACGUGCGCUGGCUCGUCCAAGUGCCUCGUCUGUUCGAUGUCUAUCACACUAAGAAACAGCUGAGUAAUUUCCAGGAGAUGUUGGAGAACAUCUUCAUGCCUCUGUUUGAAGUCACCAUCCAACCAAGCAGCCACCCAGAGCUGCAUGUCUUCCUGCAACAUGUGGUUGGGUUCGACAGUGUGGAUGACGAGUCUAAACCAGAGCACCACAUCUUUAACCUGGACAGUCCUCUACCUGCCAACUGGAUUGAGGAGGACAAUCCACCUUAUUCUUACUAUCUCUAUUACACGUUUGCCAAUAUGACUGUGCUAAACCACCUGCGCAGGAGCAGGAACUUCAAUACCUUUGUGCUGAGGCCACACUGUGGUGAAGCAGGGCCAAUUCACCACCUGGUGUCUGGCUUCAUGCUCUCAGAGAACAUUUCCCAUGGCCUGCUGCUCAGGAAGGCUCCUGUGCUGCAGUAUCUGUAUUAUCUGGCUCAGAUCGGCAUCGCCAUGUCUCCUCUCAGCAACAACAGCUUGUUCCUUAGCUACCAUCGCAACCCGCUGCCUGAAUAUCUGUCCAGAGGCCUAAUGGUCUCCUUAUCUACUGAUGACCCUCUGCAAUUUCACUUCACAAAGGAGCCAUUAAUGGAGGAGUACAGUAUAGCUGCUCAGGUGUGGAAGUUGAGCUCGUGUGAUAUGUGUGAGCUGGCAAGAAACAGUGUACUUAUGAGCGGCUUCUCCCACAAGGCGAAGAGUUACUGGCUCGGCCCCAACUACAUCAGAGAAGGUCCAGAAACCAACGACAUCCGCCGGACCAAUGUCCCUGACAUUCGUGUGGCAUACCGAUUUGAGACGCUGUGUGAAGAGCUGAAUCUGAUCACCCAGGCAGUGAGGAGUGAGGAGCUAGAGACCAUUGAAGAGGAGGCUCCAUGCAUGAGCGCAGUGCACAGUGCACAGUAAGAACAGGGAACAGUAGCACCGAGCAGAGAAUCUGAAUGAGGCUGUUUGAGGAAACUGGUAGUCAGUCAUAUAUGAGGUGAUGCAUAGUGUGUUAAACUGAUGUUAGACAUACUGCAUAACACAAUAAAAGAAAGUGAACAUUUCAAAGUCGUGCAUGCCCUUUUGAAUGUAAACUAGAUUACUGAAUCUGUCUUCAGUAUUGCCUGCAGAAACAUCAUUCCUGAACGUUAUGCACCUCACAUUGUCAACAGCCAGUAGUUUGCACCAAUGGUCACAGCGCCCAUCAGAUAUUACCAAAAAACAAAAAUAUGCCAUGGCCCCAGCAAGCAUGACAAACCAGUGUGCUACUAUGUGUUGGUGUACUUUUGUGGUGGUGGUGUUAUUGUUCAAGGCCUUAUUUAUAGCAUUAUCAAAAUCUGGCCUGGCAUUUCCUAUGACAUCUGACUGGGCUUAAUUUGUUGGUGGACACCGAAACUGGUGUAUUAAGGAUAGUUUUCAUUAGAAAUCAAUGCCAUGAACAAUGGAUUUGUGUCAGAGCUGCUAUUCCACACAGUGUUUGAUUUUGAAUGAACAUCUCAUACUAUUUUCUUUUUUGUCACACAUAUUUGGAUCAUGUUGACUUGUACCUGGUACCUAUGUUAUAUUGUGGUUUAUUAGUGCCCAUUGGAAACACAUUUUCUUUUAUACAUGUGUGUACCUGAAUAAUUGUAUUGAAUUAUUUAUUGCAAUUGAAAAAUGAAGUAAACUUUAUUUUCCUCUUC